AUGGACAGACUGAACGAGCAGCGCCUCUUUCAGCCGGACCUGUGUGACGUGGACAUCGUGCUGGUGCAGCACAAAAGCAUCUUCCCGGCGCAUAAGGGGGUCCUGGCGGCCUACAGCCAGUUCUUCCACUCCCUCUUCACCCAAAACAAGCAGCUGCAGCGCGUGGAGCUCUCUCUGGAGGCCCUCACCUCGCAGGGCCUCCAGCAGAUCCUCAACUUCAUCUACACGUCCAAGCUCCUCGUCAACUCCUGCAAUGUGCAGGACGUGCUGAACGCGGCUGCCGUGCUGCAGAUGAACAACAUUGCCUCCUCCUGCCAGAACCUCCUCGACACCCGCUCGCUCAGCCUGGCCGCCGACAUGGCCCUGCCCGCCGAGGGCUGCACCGGACCCCCGCCCUACUACUGCGAGAUCAAGCAAGAGGUGGAUGCCCCCCAUCCCAAAAUCUACGCCCGGGAAGGCAACGACCCCUACUCGGUGCGGGUGGAGGAUGGAGCGGGCGGUGGGACGCUCCCGCCUGGUCCAGCCAAGCAGUACUACAAGGAGGAGAAGGAUGAUGGGCCGGGCGCUGUCUGUAAGAUGGAGGGCGAGGAGUCCGAGGAGGACCUGGACAGCCAGGGCUCAUACAACCGGGAGCAGAUCAUCGUGGAGGUGAACCUCAACAACCAGACCCUCAACGUCUCCAAAGGCAUGGAGGGGAAAGCAGCCGCCAGCGAGGCGGCUGUGAUGGGGCGGCCUGAUGGCGAUGGGCAUGACACGGAGGAGGAUGGGGAGGGGGAGAACGAGGAAGGAGAGGAGGAGGAGGAAGAGGAGGAGGAUGCGGAGGUGGGCGAGGAGGAAGAGGAGGAGCACAGCGAGGAGGAAGACCUGGAGGAGACGACGGAAGAAGAGGACGAUGACGAUGACGACGAAGACGCGUCGGAGGUGAAAAGGGAAAAGGGUGGGCAGCCCCGCAGAGGCAGCCGGGCGUCCAAAUCCACCAAACCUGCCAUGGCAACCAGGUCCCAGGAGAUGGCCAAGGUGGAAGAGGAGGAGGAGGAGGAAGAGGAAGGCCAGCGAGGGAGGAAGAGGAAAAAGGAACAGGAUGGUUUGGGCCAGAAGGUGAAGCUGGAGGAGAAGCAGCACUACCCGUGCAAGAAGUGCCCCCGGGUCUUCAACAACCGCUGGUACCUGGAGAAGCACAUGAACGUCACGCACAGCCGGAUGCAGAUCUGCGACAAGUGCGGCAAACGCUUCCUCCUCGAGAGCGAGCUGCUGCUGCACCACCAGACCGACUGCGAGAAGAACAUCCAGUGUGUGACGUGCGGGAAGGGGUUCAAGAAGCUUUGGUCUCUCCACGAGCACAACAAGAUCGUCCACGGCUACGCUGAGAAGAAGUUCUCCUGCGAGAUCUGCGAGAAGAAGUUCUACACCAUGGCCCACGUGCGCAAACACAUGGUUGCUCACACCAAGGACAUGCCGUUCACCUGCGAGACCUGCGGGAAGUCCUUCAAGCGCAGCAUGUCCCUCAAGGUCCAUUCACUCCAGCACUCUGGGGAAAAGCCCUUUAAAUGCGAGAACUGCAACGAGCGUUUCCAGUACAAGUACCAGCUGCGUUCCCACAUGAGCAUCCACAUCGGCCACAAGCAGUUCAUGUGCCAGUGGUGCGGCAAGGACUUCAACAUGAAGCAGUACUUCGACGAGCACAUGAAGACGCACACGGGCGAGAAGCCCUACAUCUGCGAGAUCUGUGGGAAGAGCUUCACCAGCCGCCCCAACAUGAAGCGGCAUCGCCGGACCCACACGGGCGAGAAGCCGUACCCCUGUGACGUCUGCGGCCAACGCUUCCGCUUCUCCAACAUGCUCAAAGCCCACAAGGAGAAAUGUUUCCGAGUCAGCAACCCUUUGGCUUUGGACACGGCUGCCCCCCAACCCGCCGCCAGCCCAGCCCCGCUGCCCCCCGGCCCCGGCGUCUCUCCCCUGCCCCUGCCGCUGCUUCAUCCCCUUCCACAGACCCUCCCUCCUCCUCCUCACCUACCGCCACCCCCUCCCCUGUUUCCCGCGGGGAGGAUAAAUUCGAACAACAACUAG